GGCAUGAUGACUAUGAUUAGGUGUCGUGUCGCGUCGAGCUGAACUCAUUCGCUGUUUCAGGUCAUGUUUAGGUUGGUUGUCGUUCUUAGCCUGUCGCUUCAAUUUGUACUACACCCCGUGGCUCAAGAUGCAAGCGUAGAGGAGGAUGAAGGAGUCCUCAUACUUACAAAGGAUAAUUUUGAUGACACGGUAGCAGCACAUGAGUUUAUCCUGGUUGAAUUCUAUGCACCAUGGUGUGGACACUGUAAGGCUUUGGCACCUGAAUAUGCAAAAGCAGCGCAGUUGCUGAAGAAAGAGGAGAGCCCCAUCAAGCUUGCAAAGUGUGACGCCACGGCACACAGCGAGCUUGCUUCAAAAUAUGAGGUGCGUGGUUAUCCGACGCUGAAGUUAUUCCGUUCGGGUAAACCGCAGGAAUAUGGUGGUGGACGAGAUGCAGAGUCCAUCAUUGCUUGGCUAAAAAAGAAGACAGGUCCAGCAGCCAAAACUAUACUUUCAGCUGAUGAUGUGAAGGACUUCCAGGAAAACAACGAAGUGUGCAUCAUUGGUUAUUUUAAGGAUACUGAAAGCGCGAAUGCAAAGGUUUUCCUGGAAGUAGCUGCAGGGUUUGAUGAUAUACCAUUCGGUAUCACUACUGAAAAUGAUGCGGCAAAGCAGAUUGAACUGAAAAGUGAGGGCGUUGUGUUGUUGAAAAAAUUCGACGAAGGACGGGCCGAAUUUAGUGAGAAAUUAAUAGCUGAAACACUUAAAACUUGGAUUCAGGCUCAAAGAUUACCGCUUGUGAGUGAAUUCACGCAAGAUACUGCACCAGUUAUUUUCGGUGGUGACAUUAAAUCACACAACCUCUUAUUCGUUUCAAAAGAAGGCUCAGAAUUCGGAAAACUGGAGAAAGAGUUCCGAGCAGCUGCCAAGAAAUUCAAGGGCAAGGUUCUUUUCGUCAUAAUUAAUACAGACGUAGAGGACAAUGCUCGUAUCCUGGAAUUCUUCGGUCUGAAAAAGGAAGAUUUAGCAGCACUGAGAUUGAUCAGUCUGGAAGAAGAUAUGACUAAAUACAAACCCGAAUUCAAAGAAAUUACAGCGGAAAAUAUUGUACAGUUCACGGAAAUGUAUCUUGCUGGUAAACUAAAACCACAUCUGAUGACUCAGGAUAUUCCUGGUGACUGGGAUAAGAAUCCAGUAAAGGUACUAGUUGGAAAGAACUUUGACGAUGUCGCAAAGGAUGCUAAAAAGAACGUCAUUGUGUUGUUCUAUGCUCCAUGGUGUGGACAUUGCAAACAGCUGAUGCCGACAUGGGAUAAAUUAGGUGAAAAAUAUAAGGAUCAUGACAGUAUACUGAUCGCUAAAAUGGAUGCGACAGCAAAUGAAGUGGAAGAUGUUAAAGUGCAGUCAUUCCCAACAAUUAAAUUUUUCCCUGCUAGUUCUAAUAAGAUUAUUGACUUUACUGGUGAAAGGACAUUGGAAGGGCUGACGAAAUUUCUGGAAAGCGGAGGUAAAGAUGGUGCUGGUUUAUCAGACCAAGAGAAGGCAGAGGCUGAAGCAGAAAAUGAAGAUGAAGAAGCACAACAUACUGAACUGUAAUAUCGGCUUAGAAACCUCAGAUUUGAAUAGUGCUGUUAGAUGGGAAAAGUCAUCACUAAACCAAAGGAGGGUACUACUCCAACUAAACAAAUAGUUGAAAGGUUAUGAGGUCUUGGAAGAUAACAUGCUGAUACUCUUGACGUUUACUGUCUGACGACAAUUUUCUCCUCGUUAUUUUUUCUCGGGAUCCAUAUUUUGCAUAUGUGUUGUUAUUUUUGAUGGUGAUUAUGAAGGAAGAUAAAAAUGAUGAAAUGCAAAGGAUUUCAUUCUCCCUCUUCCUUUUUUUGAAAUAUGUUUUGUUAUUCAUCAUUUUGAAGGGAGUAUUAUGCCUGUAUAACUAUAACUAGUUAUUGUAAUUUUUAUAACUAGUUAUUGUAAUUGUUGGUUUUCAUAAAAUUUGGUGUGUCUUUUGUUAUAUUUUUUUCUGUUUGUGUCGGCAGAUUUUGGAUGUGUUUCUAAAUUAGUAAAAUAAGAUUGUAAAACUAAAGAUAAAAUCAUUUGCAAAGGAGCA